UCAACAAGGAUGUUGAUCCAGGAGCAUGCGGUAAUUGGUGAAAUCACACUCACCGAAGGAUUUACUUUUUCUACCUCCCUUUUCUUUAUCAUGCACACUUUUAUUUGUCAGUGAAUCUUUCACCAGGGGAACAGGCAUCUGAAUGCAGUUCACAGCAGUCCAGAGUUCCUGAUCUCAUUGCUCUAGAUGUUGAAGCACAUAACAAUAGAGUGCUUCAUACUCUCAGAAGGAUUUUGAGUGAUGAAUCAACCACUGAGGACUUUGACGCUGCAGUUGAGGUGUUGAAAACAUUGAGCAAGCUGAAUAACAACUUCUCUCAAGACUGGAUUUGUAAGUACCUUCAGGAAAUUGAUCAGUUUGUGGAGAACCACUUUCCCACGCUGCCAGCAGAGGGACCACAAGGAUCUCAGUUGGAGCAGUUAAAGGACUUUCAAAAGAGAACACAGAGUAUUAUAUAUGAUGAGGUGCUUCGAUUAACACCUGCAUUGAAAGAUGCUGGGCUGCUAGAUCAUCUGAAGGACAGUUACAGCCGCCAAAUCUUUACCAACCUGGACCUGCUGCUAAACAGAGAUCUGUCUGUAAAAGAGAUCUUCUGCCUUCUACUGUGGGGAAAAGAUGUUUUCUUCAGUUCAGACUCACAGGAUUUCUUCAGAGUGCACGACCCUCUGCUGUUGACUGGAUGGUUUCAGAAAGCAACAGAGAAACUGCUGCCGAAUCUGCAGAAUUACAUCCGCACGACUCUUCAGAACAUCCUGGACUAUGAUGAGCAACAUAGACAUAAUGGAGAGUCAAUGGAUGAAGAAACAUUCAUUAGAGUUCACUUAGAUGUCACUAAAUGUCUGAAUGAUGUUAUUCAGAGUUUUCAGGAAUUUAGUCACACACUGAUGUGUGCGGCACAAACGCUCUGCCUUCAAGAGCUUCAUCAUUUUGUUCAGAUGUAUGUGCAGGCAGAGAAAAAACAACUGGAAAAACAACAACCCUUGGAGAAAGAUUCUGUGCAUCUGCUUCGGGUCAUCAGCACCUGUAGGCAACUCAGAUUUCUUGCUCCUCAACUCAACAAUCCAGAUAUAAACAACAAUGAUGACUUCCCAAACAUUAUCCACAUGUUAGAAGAGAUGGAGGAUCACGUUCUGUCUAUUGUACAGAAGAUGAUAAAACAUGCAGCACAGGCCUUUUUAAGACAUUAUUUAAAAAAAGGAGGUGAGCAAAUCCAAGGGCUGACAGAGGAAAUCCAAAAGCAAUGUGCAUCUCUGCCUCAGACUGAUGUGGGAAAAGAGAUUAAACAGAUCUUUGUGAAUGUAUCCUAUGACUGUGUUUCACGAAUGUAUCUGGAUUGCCUGAUAAAGAGCAAGUUCAGCCGGCUAAAGAGGAGAUGGGGAAAUGUUGGAGAAAGGAUAAGCGAGGACAUUCUCAGUUUACACAACACAUUCACUGAACUGAAUGUCAGUGCUGACCAGAAGAACCAUCUCCUUCAGAGACUCAGUGAAGUUUUGCUUCACACUGAUGUAGAUGCACUGAAGAUUACCUGUUGUGCUUUUUUCAGAGAUUUCCCUCAGGAGAGUGAGCAGUAUGUACCUGGUCUGCUGCGCUGGAGGGGUGUGUUUUCGGAGCGUCAGGUGAGGGAAGUGCUGGAUGUGAGCCGAGAGUUCAGCCUCGGUCUGAAGCCUAGACACGUCACCUCUCAGCCUCUGAAGGGACUUUUCUGUUGUCUUUGAUAUGAAUAACAACAUCAGCAAGAAUUGUACAAAUUUUGGUUUACAAGUUUAAUUCAAUGGCAUGACUUCGUCAAUGGCAUGUUUCGUAACAUUUGGUUAUGAAUGUUAGUCGUUUAUAUAGGUAUAUUUAUAUUUUCAUCAGAUACAGUAUUUAUUUGUAUCAAAUGUCAUUUUGAUUUUACAUGAAAAUCUGGACUACUUGAUAAUUAUUAAUUUACUUUUUGGUAUACCUUUUCUAUGACAGUAUAAUUUUCAUAGAGUUAUUCAUUUCGACUGCCGCCGUUUAAAUUGUAACAAAAUUGGGUAACACUUUAUUUCAAGGUGUCUUUUAUACACGUUACAUGUAUUUACUAUUUUAAUAACAAUAAAUGAUGCAUAAUAACAUUCAAGUAACCCUAAUCCUUACCCUAACCAUAGUUAGUACAUGUAGUUAAUUAAUAUUAUUCAUUACACAUGUAUAAUUACACUGUAACAAGCAAACCUUAAAAUAAAGUGUAUCCCAAAAUUGUGACAAAAUGUCCAGAUAUGAACGUAAAAUACUGUUGUAUUAUUAAUAUUUAUUUUGGUUGUAAUUUAUUUUAUUCUUAUUUAAUGGAAAACAGUGUUUCUUUUAUGUAUGAUUAUUUUAUCAUACAAGAGUCAGUGGUACUGUAAAACAAGCUACUUUAAAUGUAUAACAAGUGGUUUUUGGUUUUAUAAUGAAUUUUUUUUCCCAAAGCAUUACAUUUCAAAUACAGUUGCACUAUGCGUCUGUAUGGCGGAUUGACUGUUAUUUUUCAAGUAUAGGAAGCAGAAGGUAAAAACAUGAACACUACAACUACAUCCUGUGUUCCUGCAGAGGAUACAGCUUGUCGGGAAAUCUUCCUUAACAAACUCUUUCAGGAACUACAGAUGUAUUGUGACAGCAGGUGUGUUUCCGAAGUGUAUCUUGAACCUAUCACACCAUAUCCUGUUUGUAGACGUCUGUUACAGGCACAUCCGUAAUCCAGUAAUCACCACACAACGCGCCAA